AGGAGUCAGAUUCUGCUAGGAUGUUACAUCACCACUGUCGAAGGAACCCUGAGCUACAGGAGGAACUGCAGAUUCAGGCUGCGGUGGCUGCCGGGGAUGUCCACACUGUGCGCAAAAUGCUAGAACAGGGCUAUUCUCCUAAUGGGCGAGACGCCAACGGCUGGACCUUGCUCCACUUCUCAGCAGCAAGAGGGAAAGAAAGAUGCGUGCGCGUGUUCCUCGAGCAUGGAGCUGAUCCCACAGUGAAAGACUUAAUUGGAGGUUUCACCGCUCUGCAUUACGCAGCCAUGCAUGGCCGGGCCCGGAUUGCUCGCCUCAUGUUGGAAUCCGACUACCGUGUUGAUAUUAUCAACGCAAAGAGCAACGAUGGCUGGACACCCCUGCAUGUGGCGGCGCACUACGGCAGAGACUCGUUUGUCCGACUUCUGCUGGAGUUUAAGGCGGAGGUCGACCCGCUCAGCGACAAAGGUACAACACCACUUCAGUUAGCCAUUAUCCGUGAAAGGUCUAGCUGUGUCAAAAUCCUCCUCGAUCACAACGCCAACAUCGAUAUACAGAAUGGCUUCCUGUUACGUUAUGCCGUGAUCAAAAGCAAUCACUCUUACUGCCGGAUGUUCCUUCAGAGAGGGGCAGAUACAAACUUGGGGCGCUUAGAAGAUGGACAGACACCGUUGCACUUGUCUGCUCUUCGGGAUGAUGUACUGUGUGCACAGAUGUUAUACAAUUACGGAGCAGAUACUAACACAAGGAACUAUGAAGGACAGACUCCGCUGGCAGUUUCGAUAAGUAUUUCUGGAAGCAGCCGACCUUGUUUGGAUUUCCUACAGGAAGUUACAAGGCAACCCAGGAAUUUACAAGAUCUUUGCCGAAUUAAAAUUCGCCAGUGUAUAGGCCUUCAAAAUCUCAAACUACUUGAUGAACUACCGAUUGCCAAGGUCAUGAAAGACUACUUAAAACACAAAUUUGAUGAUAUCUGACUCUUUGCAAAAAAAAAAAAAGACGUUAAGCAAGAUUAGUUUAUAUUCCAGAUACUUUUCAAAGGCCGGUUGCCUUGCACAACGUAUAUCCUAUGCAAUUUCUGAUUUUUUGUUUUUUUCGAGAAGUCAGAAGGCAGGUAUACAAUUCCUUGGGGGGGGGGGGGACUGUUUAUACCAAAUGCUAGGAGGUCUUAAAUUUUUUUUCAUGGUCCACGUUUACAAGAUCCAAGGUUUCUAUACAACGUUAGAAGCAUAGGGUGAGCGUAGGGUGUGUUUUUUGUUUGUUUCAGCAUCACUUUUAAAAGUUUCAUUUGCAGAUUGGAAACGAAGAGAAAAAAAACAUGUCCGAAAGAAACUUUCCCCUCGCUCAACCCCUCCCCGGUAGCAUGUGUAAUACUGUGAUGGCUGAACGAGUGCUAAAGAAAGUAAGAACAUGUGACUUAAGAGAAUGAUCCCAUCGGUGUCGCUGUCAUGCAAGCUCCGUUUCAAGUUGGCAUCUUUGGGAAGUCGACACUUAGCCCUCUGAAACAAAGACACUGUAAAAUGGCAUUGGCAGGUGAAUUAAACCCGCUAGCUCUCCUCCCAGACAAAACACCUUUAUGAGCAUCUGCAUAUGCCCACCUCCCCAAUAAGGAAUCCUGCUGUUGCAGUUGGAUUCCAUAUGCCCAUACAUAGCCUUUCUGCAGAAUGAUGACCUUGGCUUUUUAACUACAGUAAAUUCUCAACACCUUACACACGGCAACUCUUUGGAAACACUGCCCCCUUCAACAUGUUUUUAAAGUGCAAGUUGGCGCUCUAACAUAAUUAUUGUAGUUCGAAUGUCCAUAUGUCUUAACCAUUUCCUUUUCUGUGCCUGUAUGUGGGCCACUGUUUGUAAUUAAGCUUUUUACGCUGCUCAGAUGCCUCUGUGGUCUUUGUGUAACUUUUUUCUAUAAAAACAUUAAGGGAAAACAAAUUUAAUUUCAAAGCACAUGCAUCCUGUUUUUCAUAUAGAGCCUCUCGUGCAAUCAUUUUUUAAAUUAUGUUUUUGCCAUCACGCAUGUGAUUUUUUUUUAACACAUUCCUAUCUCGGCCUCAACAUGUUUGUUACUCUUGGAAUUGCUGCUUUGUUAUUUCAAGGUCACUUGCUUUUUUAAAAAAAAUUCCCUGCUCUCUCUCCUCCCCCCUCCCCAGUUUCAAAGCCAUAUAAUUUGAACUAUUAUGGUUAAUUUUUGAGCAACUUUUUAUGCAAGAACCUAAUUUGUUUUGCUCUUGAGACCAAUAUCUGACUUAGUGGUUCAUGUUUACCUUGUCAAAGGGGCUUCCCUGGCUGUGCUCUUCUAUCGUUUUCUGCUAGUUUGUUUUUGAGCAGGUUUUUCAGCUGAUCAGAACUCUUCUUUUUUGCUUUGUUGUAAGAACCACAUGAGAACAGCUUGCAGCUCCAAAAUACUGCAGAUUGCGUCACUUUCCUACAGGCAGAUCUUUGUGGAACUGAAAUGUUCACAGAUCAUGUUCGUAGGUGUUCGAGGUGCAAGUGACCAAGCACACCCACAAAAACAAGAAUAUCCGAAUGGACUCUUUUUUGUCUCGCUGAGAGUUCCAUAUGCAACCUCGCUCUUAAACUACCUUUCCCACUAGCAAGAAAACCACCCCCUGAGCAUAAAUCUAAUCUUGCAGAAGUCUAGCUUGUGUGUUUUUGCUUGAAACUGGCACAUGAUUAUAGUUGUGACACUGGCUAUUAUGGGUAUCCCGAGACUUGAUAGUGCCCAUUCUUUGACAGUUGCGAGCGUUGCAGAAAUGGGUUUUUGGGUUUGCCACUUUUUCACAAUCUAUUGCCCAAAUUGGAGGUGUUAGUCCCUCUAUAUUGCCAGUGGCAGUAUCAGGAUUGGCCAUGAUCCAGAAACAUUGGGAUUUGUUUUCAGAUUUGACCAUAAACGAUUUUUAGGGAGGAAUUUAAUCUUUCUCACUUGAGUCUACUUCUCUGCCCUUUUUAAGCACUUUUUUAACCCCCCUUCAUGAAGGAGGAGGCACAGCAGAAGGCAGGUAGUUUAGGAGUGAUUCUGAUUGUUGAUCAGUAAUUCAUAAAAGCAGCAAUGCCAGUCUUUGUAAGCUUUACUGCCUCGCUCCCAAUGAAUUACAAGGAAUCAUAGCGCCAAGGUUCACUUUACUCUUCUGCGCCUUUGGCAUUCCGUAAGCCAGUAAGAGUUGAAGAGUAACAUCACAGGCUAGUCCAAGAAGGCCGACUAAACUGUCACAAAGUAAUGGGCAAGCUUUUGAGUUCCCCAGAACUUUUCCUCUGCGUGAUGAGUACAACAAAAAGAAAGGCGGAAGGGCAGGAGAAUGACAGGAGAAAUCAGGUGGUGGUCUAAUUUCUUGAACUGGCAAACUCUUUAACAUCUGAUCUCAAUUUGGGCUUUCCCAUCACAGGCUGGAUCAUUUUUUCUCCCAUUUGUGUGUGUGUUAUACUGAACACCCUGAAGCAGAGAAUGGGGAACCUCUAUCCACUACUUUGUGGCAAUUCGGUAUGGACAGAAAGGCAUUACAGGUUUAGUGGCAUCUUUUUCCCCCCUGUCAGACCUCCAGUCUACUUGACUAGUGGCCAGAGAAAAGUGACAUUGAUCAGAAAAUAGCAGUUGAAUGGCCACCACACCUUCUAGAACAAUAGGCUCACCAUUCAUUUUCAGAUCUUGAGGGAGAUCUCAGCCAAGCAGGAAUAUUUCAUUUCUAGGGCUAUGUUGAAUGCAAAGGUUUUGCAUUGCCCCAGUUCUGUAGCUAAGAGCCGCUGCCCAGCCAUAAUCUUCUGAGACCUGUCUGGAGAGCCCUCCAGUGGUCACUCUUUUCUGGUUUUAGGUUCUUUAGGGUUUGAAUGCUCUAGUUUUAGGUUCUUUAGUGUUGAAGGAUCUGAUCCAGAAAAGUGGGGGGGGGGAGAGUUAGUCCUGCUCAAGCAUGGUAACUGGGCAGCAAGAUUGCAGGUCUGGAUCUAGUUUGGUUGACUAAGGAAAGUCAACCCUUCCGUUGCCUGUGGUGGUGCAUUUUUAACAGCCUGGUGGUGCCUACUGGUUCAGGGAUCCAUUGUAAGGUGAAUUUCAUCCUGUCUUGCUGCUGUGACUUCAAAAAACAAGUUAUGAGAUGUCUUGCUGGUUAAAGAAGUGCUAUUUAAUGAAAUAUAUAAUUCCAUUAUUUAUUUGUUUUGAGGUUUGUUUGGGGUCCCUCCCUCUUAAUUUAAUGUCUGAGACACUUAAAUGAAGUACAUUUUAGACCAUACAUUGAGAUCUUGUGAAAUCCCUUCAAUCUGCAUUAAGAGCCUUCUUUUCUGUAAAAUAGUAUCUGCAAAUUUUAGGCAAUGGGUUAUCUCUGUGUGUGCGCACGUGUGUGCGUGUUGGGUCCCUCUUUUGUAGAAAAUUAAGCACUUGAUUUAUUAAAUAACUGGGUAGAGUCUCGCUCUUUUUUUUUUGUAAUGUCUGGGGGAUACCAUUGCUUCUGUGAUGUGUGGAAUCGAGCCCUGAAGGCAAAAUGUACCAUAUGCAACUCCACACAAUCCUCAUUGGUUUGAGGGUUAUAUGGCACACACACACACACACACGGUAGAUUUGCACCUAUGUGAACAAAUAACUUCUUUAUUCGACUGGAAAGAAAAAUUAGAUGGAAAUAACGUUGAUAUAUUUGAAUUUUGCAGUUAGAAAAUACUUGGGAAUUUUCCAUUAAAAUGUGAGUUUAAACUCUUUUUUAAAAAGAGAAAAAUAUCUCAUCCCAGUCUUGUUACCACUUCUUGAAUAUUUGUGACCGUUUAAUUUUUGCUUUUUUAAAAAAAAAAGAUACACAAAUUGGCAAAUGCACCAAAGAAACAGACAAGAUUAUGAUCAUUAGCAAACCGCAAACCUCAUUCUUAAAAAAUAAAACCAGAGUUUUGUAAAUAUUUCUGUUUAUAAAUGUACAGCAGAGUGUGUUUUUUUAGAUUAUUUAAUUACCAUAUUUCUAAUCUAUUUACAAUAUUAGAAAUCAUAUUUGUUAGCUCCAAAGGCUUCUGUUGGGGGCGUUAAUGUUGCUGUUCUUGCUGUUAUUAUUACUGUUACUUGCUGAAUUAAUUUCUCAUACUAAGAACAACUCUGCCCUCCUUGGGACAGCAUGAAGACAGAAUAUUCUGUACAUGGUGGUGUCUGGAUAUUUCUUCAGAUGAAUAAAGGGAAGCUCAGGUGUGGGCUCUGGUGCCCUUCAGACAAUUGCUUGCAAAUCAGGGGACAGCUGCAAAAAAGUGUGCUUCCCCAUCUACCUUGGUCAGCUUUAACAACGGCUUAUUUUCGGUGCAUAUGUGUCAGCGUUAUCCAGAGUCUCAUCUUAACUAGAGUCUGCAAACUAGUUUCAAAUUCUGGUUAAGAUGUGGACUCUAGUUAAGCAUUUAUUGGAAUAGGUGUAAUACUAAAACCUGGUAACACCCCCUUUGGAAGGGGAGAAUUCGUGCAGGUUGAGUUUUGGCUUGCGAGUCGUGCUUGCAGGUAGCCGGGGGUUGCCUGCAUCAGGCCUGCCAGAAACGUCUCUUCCAAAAGCUCCAAUGAAGUAAACUUCUGGUUCUUGCACUUCGCAAGCCCCCGUUCAUUUCAGCAGGGCUUGAGCUGGAAGACGCUCGUCCUCUGCCUGUCGUGGUUUUAUGAAGGGUGGAUAAAGGAAAUUUGAAACUCCAAUCUCAAUAAAAUCAGUGCGAUGUUACGGAAGGAGGACCUAAACAUUUUACCCGCUGUUCUAUCUUCCAUGCUGCUCUUUCUCUGUUAGCAAUAUCAUAACAUGUUUUGUUCUUCCUUUUGUAAUGUACGGGGUGGGGAUUGCAUUGGAUCAUUUUUUUUUUUGAAUUAAAAUAAUUACAAAUUCUUUUAAAUCUGCUUCAUCCUUUUC